CGUGGCUGGAAUAGUCUGGGGCGCGCACGAGCAGGCGCUGCCAGCCCCGCUUCUGCCUGGGAUUCGGGUCGCCAGGAGCGGGAGGACCAGGACGUCCGUGUCCUCCCCACUCCUCCUCCUUCCUGCUCUCACCUGCGCCUUAUUAGUCGACUCGCCUUCAAGGUGAUGCGUGAGGUGCCAAGAACGGAAGAUUUAAAAGGCAGCCGGGGCUUCCGUAUUGAAUGAAAGACCCAGAGCAGAGGCAUCACCAUGAACACAAGCAUUCCUUACCAGCAGAACCCUUACAAUCCCCGGGGCAGCAGCAACGCCAUCCAGUGCUACCGAUGUGGAGACAUCUGCAAAGGGGAAGUGGUCCGUGUCCACAACAACCACUUCCACAUCAGAUGCUUCACCUGUCAAGUGUGUGGCUGUGGCUUGGCCCAGUCAGGCUUCUUCUUCAAGAACCAGGAGUACAUCUGCACCCAGGACUACCAGCAGCUCUAUGGCACGCGCUGUGACAGCUGCCGGGAUUUCAUCACAGGCGAAGUCAUCUCCGCCCUGGGCCGCACCUACCACCCCAAGUGCUUCGUGUGCAGUCUGUGCAGGAAGCCUUUCCCCAUUGGAGACAAGGUGACCUUCAGUGGCAAAGAGUGUGUGUGUCAAACAUGCUCCCAGUCUAUGACCAGCAGUAAGCCCAUCAAGAUCCGCGGACCAAGCCAUUGUGCUGGGUGCAAGGAGGAGAUCAAGCAUGGCCAGUCUCUCCUGGCACUGGACAAGCAGUGGCAUGUCAGCUGCUUCAAAUGCCAGACCUGCAGCAUCAUCCUCACCGGGGAGUACAUCAGCAAGGACGGCGUUCCGUACUGCGAAUCCGACUACCACUCCCAGUUUGGCAUUAAAUGCGAGACUUGUGACCGAUACAUCAGCGGCAGGGUCUUGGAGGCAGGAGGGAAGCACUACCACCCAACCUGUGCCAGAUGUGUGCGCUGCCACCAGAUGUUCACCGAAGGAGAGGAGAUGUACCUCACAGGUUCUGAGGUUUGGCACCCCAUCUGCAAGCAGGCAGCCCGGGCAGAGAAGAAGUUAAAGCACAGGCGGACGUCUGAGACUUCCAUCUCACCCCCUGGAUCCAGCAUCGGGUCCCCCAACAGAGUCAUCUGCGCUAAAGUGGAUAAUGAGAUCCUUAAUUAUAAAGACCUGGCAGCUCUCCCCAAGGUUAAGUCCAUCUACGAGGUACCACGCCCCGACCUCAUUUCCUACGAGUCUCACUCCCGAUACACGUCCGACGAGAUGCUGGAGAGAUGUGGCUAUGGAGAGUCUCUGGGAACGUUAUCUCCCUACUCCCAGGACAUCUACGAGAACCUGGACCUCCGGCAGAGACGGGCCUCCAGUCCCGGGUACAUCGACUCCCCCACCUACAGCCGGCAGGGCCUGUCCCCCACCUUCUCCCGCUCGCCUCACCACUACUACCGCUCUGGGCCCGAGAGUGGCCGGAGCUCUCCAUACCAUAGCCAGUUAGAUGUGAGGUCCUCCACUCCGACCUCUUACCAGGCUCCCAAGCACUUUCACAUCCCAGCUGGAGAAAGUAACAUCUACCGGAAACCCCCCAUCUACAAACGGCAUGGUGAUUUGUCCACAACAACCAAGAGCAAAACAAGUGAAGACAUCAGCCAGGCAUCCAAGUAUAGUCCCGCCUACUCGCCAGAUCCCUACUAUGCUGCAGAGUCUGACUACUGGACCUACCAUGGGUCCCCCAAAGUGCCCCGAGCCAGAAGAUUCUCAUCGGGAGGAGAAGAGGACGAUUUUGACCGCAGCAUGCACAAGCUCCAGAGCGGAAUUGGCCGGCUGAUUCUGAAGGAGGAGAUGAAGGCCCGGUCCAGCUCCUAUGCAGACCCCUGGACCCCGCCCCGGAGCUCCACCAGCAGCCGCGAGGCCUUGCACACAGCUGGCUACGAGAUGUCCCUCAAUGGCUCCCUGGCGGUGGUGACACAAUCAUCCUUAUUUUACACAUGGGAACUAAGGCACAGAGGGAUUUGGGAGCUUGCCCAAGAUCCCUCAGUUGCCCCUCGGUCCCACUACCUGGCUGACAGCGAUCCCCUCAUCUCCAAAUCGGCCUCCCUGCCUGCUUACAGAAGAAACGGGCUGCACAGGACACCGAGCGCAGACCUCUUCCACUACGACAGUAUGAACGCCGUCAACUGGGGCAUGCGAGAGUACAAGAUCUACCCUUAUGAGCUGCUGCUGGUGACCACAAGAGGAAGAAACCGGCUGCCCAAGGAUGUGGACCGCACCCGUUUAGAGCGCCACCUGUCCCAGGAAGAGUUCUACCAGGUCUUCGGCAUGACCAUCUCUGAGUUUGACCGGCUGGCACUCUGGAAGAGAAACGAACUGAAGAAGCAAGCCCGGCUGUUCUAGGCAGGGGCUCUAUAAAUAUAUAUGCAUUUAUAUAAAGAUAUAUGUAAAAUCUCUAUACUGAAGCUCGGUAUAAUCCUCUCUUAUGUAAUGGGACGCACUGCCUGCCAUGACACUUGCUUUUCUGUACUGUCAGGCAAGCCCCUGUCAUUGAGAUAUUUUUAUGCUCCUUACUUUCUCUUUUCUAAGUGCUGUGGGAUCUGGGAAGGGAUUUGGGGGGACUCCCAUCCUUUUACUGGGGAUCUUUUUUAUACUGAAACAUCUGUCCUAACUCGAGUGCCCCAAGGCCCAACUCUCUUUCCUAAAGGAGGUGCUUGAAGAAGUCUCUUUCCUCUCUGCUCUUGGCCCUUUUCCCAAGUUCCCAGGGCUGAUGUUUCCACACCUUAUUGGCCCCAGAGGGGCCCUCCCAUGGGAGGAUCCAUAAGUAUCUCCCAAAGUCACUGAGCACCUUUGAGAGUCUCAAGUUUUCUCAUCACUCCCAAUUAAGGGUUCCGUGCUCUCUGGGGGUGAUUCCGUCAACAGAGGUAGAAGUGUGGGCCUCCAGUCCACUCGUUACACCAGUCAACAGAAGUGGAUCGGACUUGGCCUCUCCCCAGUCUUCACCCCUCCUCCUUCUGCCCUUGAUCCCAGCCUCUCCUUUGUCCAAAUCUAGGACUCAUGGUAGGAAGAGAAAAGAGCACUUCCAAUUCCACCACUUUCCUUGGGAAACAGGAAGAAAGGAGAGGGAACUGGGAGCAGGAGAUGUAGCAGGGCACCUUUGGGGUUGGAGCUGCAGAGCCCUUUGGGACCCUCGUCCCUCCCUCAGUGCUCCCAGCACCUCCUGACCCUUCUCCCUUUCGAGGAGAGGCCCAUUACUGCAGCCUGUAUUCUUCAGCCUUACGACGAUCCAUGUGCCUGACAACUCAACACACUUCAGGGCUAAUGUUCCCACCAUAGCUCCAACCGAACAACUAGAGGGACAACCUCCAAUCACCCCGCUACAGGCGAUAUAGGCCACAUCCCAAAGAAAGGCUCUUGGUCUGUGCCUGCUGGUCCUAGGGUUGGCAGGGCAACCGUACCAGUCCCCCCGCUGUCCUCGGCCCCCUCUGCAAAGUCAGCCAUGUUCCACAGGGGAAAUGUGCAGAAGAACGACUGCUUUGAAAUUCCAAAAGAAGCUUUGGCCAGUGCCACUCAUGAUCAUCCUGGAUGUCCCUGGGAUGUCCCUGCUUUCCUGUCUCCUUGCAUUCUGCAAUAGGAGUGUAAAAUUUAACUUUCUCUCCUCCAUUUCCCAAAACUUUGACCCUGAGUUGGUGAUGUUUGGUGGGGGUGAUUGCUUCAUGGAGGUGCCUUGAAUCGGACCAUUUUGAGGUCAUGGAGGAAGGAUGAAGACAUGAAAAUGACAAGAAAUAAUGACUCUCGAUAGGCUGGUCAUGUGACGUUAAAAGUGUAAAACUGAGUUCAACAAGCCCUCACUGAGCACCCACUAAGGCUGAGCACCUGCUGUAUACUAAACACUGAAUGGGGGAGGGGGUCCAAACAGUGAGAUGACUCAACAUGGCCCCAGGUCUCCCGGGCAUGCCUACCGAUAGUGGGUAUAGUAAGGUAUGGCCCCAAACAUAAUGGAUGGGAGGCAGAAAGUGAUAGGAGAGACGUGAGAACGUAGGUGUGAAAUUACUGAGAAGGCAGAUGCAGCUGGUGCAGACUAGGGAAAGCUUUCUGGAAGAGAUUGCAUUUGAGCAAAUAUUAAGAAGGGUCUUUGCAAACUGGGAAGAGACUAAGUUGAAAAGAUGAUAGGAUGAGGGGCCAUAUACUCUUAUGUAAAAUGUCAACCCUCUCUGCAACUUCUCUUUUGGGCCAAUGUUUCCAACCUCCUUGACCCUUUAGAAAUAUCCCCAGCCUGACACAAUCAUUGAAACUGCCUCAUUAUCACUGGUUAAAAACUUGGUGAGGUUGAAGGGCUUUUGUUGUUGUUGGAUAUUUUUGUUUCCCAUAAAAGCACAUAAUUUCAACCCAGA